CCCAGUGAUCCCCCCUCCACUCACUGGAAUGCUGCUUCUUGCUGACUGACCCAUGAGCCUGCUCGGCAGCUACCGGAAAAAGGCCAAUAAUGACGGUUAUGAAUCUUUGCAGCUGGUGGACAGCAACGGGGACCUGAGUAACAAGGAGCGGCCGGGGGGAAGGCAAGGAGUGAGCGGCCCGGGGGCCACAGGAGCAGCACCGACAGCAGCAGCAACCACGGCCGGCAGGAGCCCGAGCAGACAGCCAGGAGAGACCGGCACCAUGGACAGCUCAGGAGCCUCCUCUCCAGACAUGGAGUCCAACUAUGGUGGCGGUCUGUUAGACAUUGUGAAAGGGGGAGCGGGCCGUCUCUUCAGCAACUUGAAGGACAACUUGAAGGACACCUUAAAGGACACGUCUACUAAAGUCAUGCAGUCCGUUGCCAGUUAUACAAAAGGAGAGCUGGACAUUUCAUAUAUUACCUCAAGGAUUAUAGUCAUGUCAUUCCCAGCAGAAGGUGUUGAACUGGGUUUUCGAAACCAUAUCGAAGACGUACGUUCGUUUCUAGAUUCGAGACAUCUAGAUCAUUACACGGUUUUCAAUUUGUCACCGAAGUCAUACCGCAGUGCCAAAUUUCAUAACAGGGUCUCAGAAUGCAGCUGGCCUGUCAGACAAGCUCCAAGUUUGCACAAUCUAUUUGCUGUUUGCAAAAACAUGCACAAUUGGUUACAGCAGAACCCCAAAAAUGUCUGCGUUAUACACUGCAUGGAUGGACGCACAGCAUCUGCGGUUCUAGUAAGCGCUGUGUUUUGUUUCUGCCAUCUCUUCUCGAAUCCUAUUUCUGCCAUUCAGCUCCUUAAUGCGAAGCGCCCUGGGAUCGGACUCUGGCCCUCACACAGGAGGUACAUAGGUUAUAUCUGUGACCUGGUUUCAGAUAAACCCACACAGCCUCACUGCAAACCUAUUCUCAUCAAAUCUGCCACCAUCAGUCCUAUUCCGUGCUUUAACAAGCAGAGGAAUGGGUGCCGUCCUUUCUGCGAGGUUCUUAUCGGAGAGACGCGAAUAUUCAGCACCAUGUUGGAUUAUGAAAGGAUGAAGGAAUAUCGUGUUCAGGACGGGAAGGUUGUUAUUCCUUUGGGGGUCACUGUUCACGGGGAUGUCGUAGUAUCGGUGUUCCACAUGAGAUCCACUAUUGGGGGAAGACUUCAAGCAAAAAUGUCAAAUACUCAGAUAUUACAGAUUCAGUUUCAUACUGGGUUUAUAGCUUUGGGGACAACAGCAUUGAAAUUCACAAAGCCUGAGCUUGAUGCCUGUGACUCUCCAGAGAAAUAUCCACAGCUGUUUCAUGUGAUGCUGGACAUUGAAAUUGAAGCCACGGACAGACAGACAGACCUUACUCCCCCCUGGGAAAAUUUUGCAUCAAAAGACGUAAAUCCUAGCAUUUUAUUUUCUUCUCAGCAGGAACAGCAAGAUGCCCACACAAUCGGCAGUAAAGCUCCUGUAGAACAACAUCAAGACAACAUUAGAACUGUCGGGCAGACCACAUUUUUCUCCUCUUUGAGCUGGCAAGACCAGAAGUCAGACAAGACUGGGUCCCAUCCUGUCCCAGAAGACCGGGCUGCACUAGUACACGAGGAAAGUGAGCAGUCAGAUGAUGAACUCCUGUCCCUCUCCAGCCAGCACAGCAACACAAGUGGCGAGAAGCUUCACGGGACCCCAAAGCACAAAAAAACGGACCCACCGGCUCCUCCUGCACCUCCUGAGGAUGUAGAUCUCCUAUUUCUGGAUGGAAGUACUGUGAGUGGCACUCCUCCACCUGCUCCUCCAUCUCAGCCCAAACCUCCUCCUUCAAACUCGGACUUGCUGAACGAUAUAUUUGGGGGGGUGCCUCAGGGAGUUGGGGAGACUCUGAUACAAUCCGAAGGAGUAGGCUCUGUGCACUCCACUCCACGUAGGUCUGCAGCGUCACUGUCACCGUCCCAGUCACCGAGAAUUGGAGAAGCUGCUGCAUUUGAUCCAUUUGGCUGCAGUCCUAAACAACCAGCCAAGGACUUGCUGGGCUCCUUUCUCAGUGCUACGAAUACCAGCAGCGGGGAUCCCUUUCUACACAGCACACGAAGCCCAUCUCCGACUGUGUUUGCCGAUCCAUUUAACAUGCCACCUCCCUCCGUUUCCAUACAGCCGGAUGUGUCUGCACAAUGGAACUGGAACAAUAAUCCACAAGCUGGUUUGAGUGUAGGCAGCCGAUCAGCAGCGACCAGUCCUACAGGAUCACCGCAUAGUACCCCUGCUCAUCAAUCAAAGCCGCACAGCCUUGACCCCUUUGCUGAUCUUGGAUCUUUGGGGGCAAAUUUACCUGGAGGCUCGUCAUUUGCCAGUAAACCAACAACACCAACAGGCUGUGGCGGAGGAAUUCCACUUGCAAGCUCCCCACAAAACCCAUCUCCACAACAUGUAGGGGGCGCAGGCUGGCAUCCAAACACUGGCUAUAACUGGCAACAAUCACAGACCAAACCAGCAACACAAAUACCGCACUCCUCACCGCAGAACAAACCUAACUACAAUAUCAGCUUUGCCGGCCCUGGAGGUGGUCAGAGUGAAAAAGGAAAACCUGCAGCUGGUGCUGAUACAAAACAGAAAUUUUCUGGUGACAACUUUGAAGAUUUAUUGUCCAGUCAAGGCUUUAACGCUCAUAAGGAAAGAAAGGGACCUAGAACGAUUGCUGAAAUGAGAAAAGAGGAGAUGUCAAAAGAAAUGGACCCAGAGAAAUUAAAGAUUUUAGAUUGGAUUGAAGGUAAAGAACGAAAUAUCAGAGCCCUUCUUUCUACAAUGCACACUGUGCUCUGGUCAGGGGAGACCAAAUGGAAACCCAUCAGUAUGGCGGACCUAGUGACCCCCGAACAAGUGAAGAAAGUCUAUCGUAAAGCUGUCUUGGUGGUCCAUCCAGAUAAAGCAACCGGGCAGCCCUAUGAGCAAUAUGCAAAGAUGAUUUUUAUGGAGCUGAAUGACGCCUGGUCAGAAUUCGAUAAUCAGGGCCAGAAGCCGCUAUAUUAAUUUCAAGUUCUCAGACAGGCUUCGGAUCUACUCUCACAGCUUCCAUCUCUAGAACAUGAGAAAAAAAAGAAAGAAAAAAAAGCUGGGGUUUUUGGUUUACUUUUUGUUCUUUGUACUCUCAAUGCAGUCUUAUUUCUCUUAAUAUAAGAGGAGACACAACAUAUCACAUUUUUGGACAUGUUAACAGGGCAAGAAGAGUUGAUACAGUAAUUGUAUGAAAAUUCCUCGGUUCUUGUAUGCCUAAUAAUGAUCUUUUUCGAUUGUAUGAUACUAAUGGAAAAUCCCUGCUGCUCCCCCCAACCUUAUUUAUUUAAUUUAUUUAAUUUAUUUAUUUAUUUUAUCAGUGCAGGAUUUUAAUCCGAAUCAUCUGAACUAAGAUACUCAGUUACAGCACCAGGGUAGUGGAGGUAAAUAGACGUAAAUAGUGAUAUUUAUUCACUAAAUACCGCUAAUAGUCAAAGCAACCCGGAGAAAGUCUCGAGCAGUGCUUAGGGGGGAACUGACUCUUCAUCACCCUUCCCUGAGCUGAGUCUCAGGAACUCAAAUCAGGGAAUUUCAUUUUAAAUGAUCUCACCAAAUUUCGCUUUUGCAAGAGACCACGAUAGGUUAUCUUUCUCCAAAUAACCAGAUAGAGAUUCUUAAAACCCAGGAAAACGCACAAUUUUUCAUCUUGGGUUAGUAUGGGUAGACAGUAGACCCCAUUGUUGAGUGUGUGUUUUUUUUUUUUUUAAUAGAGAGCUACAUCUAUGGCUAUGAGCACUAAGUAGUGCUUGUUGUGUCUGCUGUUUGAUUGAAUGCCCUUUGAAUUAGCCUUUCAACUACCCAUUAACUAAACCGGGACAGAGUUAGGCUAUUAUCACUCUGCAUGCCAGAGAGGGUUUGGGAAAGUUACACCAAAGUUGGG